UUUCAAAGUAACCAAACGUAGCAUUUCAGGGUAUGGCACCUCUUCAAGGUAACCUACCAAACAUAGCAUUUCAAGGUAUGGCACCAUGUCAAGGUGACCAACCAAACAUGCAUGGGAUUUCAAGGCAUGGCACUUUCUUCGAGGAACUGCCCAAACAUGGCAUUUCAUGGUAUGGCACCUCCCCAAGGUGACCUACCAGGAAGCGGAUUGCGUACUGAGUUACUCAGUAGGCUUAGCGUACUGAGUAAACUCUGUGGGGCCCACAGUGAUUUAUAUAUUCCAUACACUCCUUACAUCCAUUUUAAUAGAUAAUUUUAAAGCUUAAGCCCAAAAAUGAAGUAUAUCCAAAGCUCAAGUGGGCCACACCACAGGAAAUGGUGUGAAUUGAAUAUCAACAGUUGAAAUUUUUCUUGGGGUCCACAGAAGUUUUGGAUCAAUCUGAUAUUUGUGUUUUCCUUUCAUCCAUAUCCGUGUGAUCUUAUGAACAGGUUGGAUGACAAAUAAACAACACUAUAGACCUUAGAAAUGUUUCAAUGGUAGAAAUUAUUAUUCCCAAUGUUUCCUGCUCUAUGGUCCACUUGAGCAUUGGAAAUGAUUCAAUUUUGGUCUCAACCAUUAAAAUGCGCUUGAAAAACGGAUGGACGGUGUGGAUAGACUACAUGCAUUCACAGUGGGCCCAACAGAGUUUACUCAAUACGAUAAAAGCAUACUUGAGUAACUCGGUGCGCAUUCCGAUUUCGACCUACCAAACCUUGAUUUCAGCAUAUGACAGCCCCCAAGACAACCAACCAAACACUGGAAUUCAAGGUAUGGAAUCUCCUCUAAGCGACCGACCAAACAUGGCAUUUCAAGGCAUGGCAACUCUCCAAGGUGACCAACCAAACAUGGCAUUUCAAGGUAUGAUACCUCCCCAUGGUGCCCAACCAAACAUGGCAUUUCAAGAUAAGAAGACAAGUUCGAAAGAUUACGCACCUAAAAGAAAACGAACGCAACCACACUCGGAAAGAAAUGGAAAAUUUCAAGUUAUGGCAGGUGCUUCAAGUGAUCACCCAAAUCAAGGCAUGCUACUAUCCCAAGGUGGCCCACCAAUGGUGGUGAUGUUUCAAGAAGAGCAUGAGAAAACCCCAAUGGAUAUGGUCUUUUGCCAACGAAUGGCGCCAAUGCCUGAACUCAAGAAAACAAUAGAGGAAUUGUUCUAUUUAACCAUGAACGGUGGUUGGGAUGAAGUUGUGAACAUUUACGAGGAUCCGUCCAUCCAAAAAGCCAUGAUCACCAAAUCAGAAGGAACAAUAUUACACAUAGCAGUCAACAAUGGUAAGACAGACAUCGUCGAGAAUCUUGUGGAGAAAUUGAUGGAUUUGAGAGUUCUAGAUAUAACGAACAAGAUGGGCAACACUGCAAUCCACUUAGCGGCGAUAGCGGGGAAUGUGAGGAUGUGCAAAUGCAUGGCAGAAAAACGGCCUCAACUGGUUGUGAAACCAAACACAAUUGGCGAGACUCCAUUGUUGGCAGCGGUUAAGUAUGGCAGAAAAGAGGCAUUUAUCUACCUACAUUCCAAAUGCUACCAAGUUGAUGGAAAUGACUACUUGAUCAGAAAGAAUGGUUAUCAGAACAUUCUUCAUGCGGCCAUUGAAAGGGAAUACUUUGAUUUGGCUUACCAAAUUAUAAAAAAGUACAACAAGAAUUUGAAAUCGGAUUGGGAUCUUGCCAACUUUUUGAAUGUAAAAGGAUUCUCGGCUUUGCAUUUGCUAGCAAGCAGACCUUCUGCCUUUAGAAGUGGAAGUCAACUGGGAAGAUUUAAGCUUCUGUUCUACAAUUUUAUUGUCAUUGACAGGCUCGAAGAGACGCCCCUCAAUAGCAUCCUGAAUAAUGAAUCUCAAAGCAUACGCAAUAUCCAAUCGCAAGAGAAUUAUCCAACAUCUCCCAAAUGGCUAUGUUCGUGGGCCUUAUGGCGAUCUCCCCCAAACCAAAGAGACAAAGAGGACCCACAUGAUCUGAGAUCUGGACCCACAGUUCCUCAAUGGCUAUGGUGGUGGCGGCGAUAUCCCCGAAAACAACGAGAUGAAGAGAACCCACAUGAUAAAAGAUAUGAAUCAACAGAUGAUCGAGGUAGUGGAAGCAAAAAUAAUCAAAGGGAAGGAGGAAGUCACAACAACGAACACUCAUUUCCACCUAUUUACAGCAUGUGCAAUUAUUUCUUUAAGCCUGCAUUGGUGGUCCUGCAAUUUAUAGUGCAUGCAGGGUUUAUCAACAUAGACGAAAUGAAAGAGGAGAAGCAAAAGCAUACAUGGGCAGUUCAAAUCAUGGAAGAACUCGUUUCCCAAUCUUCUUGGUGGGAGUAUGACCCAGUAUACUUAAACCGGCGUGGGCAGUCACCAUUUCUGAUGGCAGCCAGCAUGGGGGUGGUGGAGAUGGUGGAGAAAAUUCUCGACGUGUUUCCAGUUGCAAUUUGUGAUGUGGACGAUCAAGGUGGUAGGAAUGCACUACACUUUGCAGCGGCGAACAGGAAACACAGAGUCUUCAAGGUUAUAUCAGAGAGGUGCUCUUUGGACUAUGUUUUUAGGCGUUCUGAUCAUCAAGUUAAUACUCCGCUGCACUUAGCCGCGAAGCUCGAUUCAGAAAGACAGCCGUGGCGAACUUCGAGUGCAGUAUUACAAAUACUGCUAGAGUUAAAUUGGUUCAAGAUUGUCAGCAAGAUCAUGCCACCUGACCUCUUAGCGUACCGAAAUGCCGAUCUUCAGACGGCCAAGGAUAUAUUCACAAAGACUCACAAAGAUAUGAUCAAGGAAGGAGCUGAUGAGCUAACUCGCAUGGCCAAUUCAUGCUCCGUUGUUGCAGCACUCAUUGCAACUGUAGCUUUUGCAACUGCAGCCACAAUUCCAGGCGGAUUUCGGUCAGAAGAUGGCAAACCAAUGUUCGAAGGCAAGAUUGCAUUUUAUGUUUUCACAGUCUCUUCAUUCCUCGCAUUGUGCGCCUCCAUAAUCUCUGUAAUCACAUUCCUCGCCAUCCUUAACUAUCCCCACCAAGAGUCGGAUUUUGGGAUGUAUUUGCCUAGGAAGAUGAUGAUAGGCUUCACCUCUCUCCUACUCUCAAUCGCUUUUAUGUUUGCUUCCUUUUGCGCUUCCCAUUUCUUUCUUCUCAAAGACAAGCUCCACCACAGCAUGGCCUAUCCACUGUAUCUCAUCUAUCUCAUCGUAUGCUUCAUUAUCACACUCUUUGCUAUAUGUCAAUUUCCUCUCUACUUCGAUAUCAUAAAAUAUUCUAUUACAAGAGAGCUCCCCGAUAAUUAGAUUGCAGUGUGAUUGUAGCUUCUUUCUUCACCUUCUUUGUGUUCUUUGUGUAUGAUUGGAUUGAAUGAAGCAGCUUCGAUAUUCCUACCUUUGUAUUUGCAUCACUACUUGCUGAUGGUGGAAUGCAAUUCUAGCAUUUUUUAUUUUUUCUUCUUCUAAUGAAUACUCUUCAUAACAACUUGAGACUCAUUUUAGUAUGUGAUUUUCAAUGUUGUUGUUGAUAUAGA